AUGGCGCGCCCAAAAGCAGUCCGCGCGCCAACGACAGCGAGUCUCCCAAACAACCUCCGCAUUCCCUCGACCACAUCCUCUUUGACAAAGACCCUGGGCAAGCUUUCUCGGCCAGCACUACUUGAUCUAGCUUUGACAUGGCUCGACGAUCAAAACAUCGAAUCAUUUCCCCCAUACCUCCAACGCGACGACAGCAACAACCAGGACGAUGAAGAAGCCUUACCCUACCCCGCCGCAGAAACCGUCGAAGAAGUCCGUCAAGUAUACGAAGAUCUCCAAGAAAGAAAAGGCGGCAAACGCGAAGUUCUCGAAAGAAUCCUUGAAGGCGAUUGGCGCCACGGAAUCACCCUGCGCCAACUCGCAAUGGCUGAUCUCCGCUACAUGGACGACCACCCAGCAAGCUUGCGCUGGACAGCACUGGAACUGAGUCGCAUAGACACCCGACCAAAGAAAUCCACAGAAGACUGGUCCAGCAAUAUCCCGCGCAUCCAGGCUGCAACUUUCGUAAAAGCCCUGCAGCAGGAAAUCGCCUCGCUAGUCAAGGCGCAUUACCAUCUAUCCCGCUCGUCAACACUCCCAAUUACAUUCCUACGCAUUUUUAUCCUCGACUCACCCUAUCAAACUCCCCGACAAACGCCCGAAGUCUUUGCCGACUCGUCUCGUGUCAUUUAUGUCGCUUUCCCGGAUAGCUGUCCUUACAUCUACACUUCUAUUACGGCAUCAUCUGGCUCGAAGGCGCCUGCGCCGUCUAGUUCUAUCGCCACUGACCCGCGAAGUCUUCAGCGCUUAGUGCGCGAUGCUGUUCCCAAGGCGCUCUCACGUCCUCAGGAACGAUAUACCGUUAAAGCGACUGCAUUAGCGGCGAAGAAUCUACCGACCCUAUUAGCGCUGCGUGGUCCGGGUCGCUCGACUGCGGCAAAUGGUAGUUACAGUAUCUUCGCUGAUGCCGCUCUUGAAGGGAGUCCGUUAGACCCUCGUCCGUCGAAUUCGGUUCUUCCGGAGGAACAUCUGCGUGCCGGGCACAAACCUGUCAAUGCUGAGGAUAAAGAGAAUGGGAAUGCGGCGGACGAAUCACAGAUGCCUGCGGCUACAUCUAGGAAACGUGUUUCUGGCGUCAGUGAUUCUGCUCCGUUAUCGCCGACAUCUAAAAAGAGGCGAUUGGCUGUCGAGUCGCGUUUUGGAUCCGCUGGGUCUUCGCUUACACCGGCACCGUUGGAUCGCCUGGAUGUUCGGCUUUUAGAUUUGCCUGCCGGUAUUGAGGAUGACGGUGUGGAUCGAUUGGCUGGGCCAGUACCUCCUGUGUCACUCUCGUUUUCUGGGGUCGAUGUUAUUGGUGGGAUUCGGAAACUGGCUGAGUUGGGUGUUAUUGAUCCUGAACGAAUGCCAUCCUGGAUGACAGGUGAAGAAGCUGUGAGCAUGGCUGUUGUUCGUGGAGGCCGGCGGAUUAAGAAGUCGGAGUAA